AGUCCAAGAUAUACAGAUGUAACCCUGGAGAUGAGACCCGAAGAAAGCUGGAGCCAUGUUGACCUUGUACGCUGUGAAGAAGCAGAUUCUGUCUCAGAAAAGCCCAUCAACGUAGAUGAGGAAGAUGGCGGGCUUCAAGUCUGCCGUGUAUGUGGGGACAAGGCCAAUGGCUAUCACUUCAAUGUCAUGACGUGUGAAGGAUGCAAGGGAUUUUUCAGAAGGGCCAUGAAACGCAAUGUCCGGCUGAGGUGCCCCUUCCGCAAGGGGACCUGCGAGAUCAACCGGAAGACACGGCGGCAGUGCCAGGCCUGCCGUUUGCGCAAGUGCUUAGACAGCGGCAUGAAGAAGGAGAUGAUCAUGUCUGAUGCCGCUGUGGAGCAGAGGCGGGCCUUGAUCAAGAGGAAGAAGAGGGAAAAGAUCGAGGCUCCGCUGUCUGGAGGGCAGGGGCUGACCGAAGAACAGCAGGCGCUGAUCCAGGAGCUGAUGGAUGCCCAGAUGAAAACCUUUGACACCACUUUCUCCCACUUCAAGGAUUUCCGGCUGCCUGCAGUGUUUAAUGGUGGCUGUGAGCUCCCAGAGUAUCUGCAGACCUCACUGUUGGAAGAUCCUGCCGUAUGGAGUCAAAUCAUGCAAGAUUCAGUCCCAAUGAAGAUUUCUCUGAAGCUUCGGGGAGAAGAUGGCAGCAUCUGGAACUACCAACCCCCAUCCAAGAGUGAUGGGAAAGAGAUCAUUCCUCUGCUGCCACACCUGGCUGAUGUGUCAACCUACAUGUUCAAGGGCGUCAUCAACUUUGCCAAAGUCAUCUCCUACUUCAGGGACCUGCCUAUUGAGGACCAGAUUUCCCUGCUGAAGGGAGCCACUUUUGAGAUGUGCCUACUGAGGUUCAACACGAUGUUCGACACAGAAACUGGAACCUGGGAGUGCGGUCGGCUGGCCUACUGCUUCGAAGAUCCUGAGGGUGGCUUCCAGAAACUUCUGUUGGAUCCGUUGAUAAAAUUCCACUACAUGCUGAAGAAGCUGCAGCUGCAUAAGGAGGAGUAUGUGCUGAUGCAGGCCAUCUCCCUCUUCUCCCCAGACCGUCCUGGCGUGGUACAGCGCAAUGUGGUAGAUCAGCUGCAGGAGCGAUUUGCCCUCACCCUGAAGGCCUACAUUGAGUACAGUCGGCCAUCUCCUGCCCACAGGUUCCUGUUCCUGAAGAUCAUGGCUGUUCUCACGGAGCUGCGCAGUAUCAACGCCCAGCAGACCCAGCAACUGCUUCGUAUCCAAGACUCACACCCCUUUGCCACCCCCCUCAUGCAGGAGUUAUUUAGCAGCACAGAUGGCUGA